AUGGCUCCCCGAGAAUCUCUCGGUGCCGGCUGGAGCAGGACCGAAACGCGAUCCACCUCGGCAAUGCCCACGAGGUCCCAUCUGGGUCGCCAAAAUGUUAGCACUUUUUAUAAAUCUCUUACAGAGCAAAGAGUGGAAGAUGCACUGCUGAUUCGAGAGCAGCACCCAAGUAAAAUACCAGUGAUCAUUGAAAGGUACAAGGGAGAGAAGCAGCUUCCAGUUUUGGAUAAGACCAAGUUCCUGGUGCCAGAUCAUGUCAACAUGAGCGAGCUAAUCAAAAUUAUCAGGCGGCGCCUGCAGCUGAACUCCAACCAGGCGUUCUUCCUCCUGGUGAAUGGACACAGCAUGGUGAGUGUUUCCACACCCAUAUCCGAGGUGUACGAGAGCGAGAAGGAUGAGGAUGGAUUCCUGUACAUGGUGUAUGCCUCUCAGGAGACUUUUGGAGUGUAGUCUUCCGUCUAAGACAUGCAAGUGGCUUCUAGCCUAGCAUUCUGGUUUACCCUUGGCUGUCACCCUCACUCUUCCCCAGGAAAAGAAACAGAUGUCACCUAUGCUCUCAGUACUUUAGCAUAGUCUUGCUUUAGCAGGUGUCUCAUCUUACUUUGUUUUGUUUGUGACUAUUAAACAGUACAGAUGAGCACCUCCAGCUUUGAAACCUGCUGUAAUAUUCCACACAGGCACAUUUACAUUUCUGGACUUUAUGAAUGGAACCUGAUUGUGCAUAUGGCCAUUGCAAAUAAAGAGACACUUGACUGACUUUUAACAAGCAAACAGGCACCAGGGAGUACCUAAAGUGUUCUGUGACAGUUUUCUAGAAAAUCUCCCUGAUUCCUUAAAGCUUUCUUUUUUUAAAUAAUGGGAAGGCUUCUUAUGCAAAUGUUUUAAUGUUCCAGAGUGAAGCUUUGUCUUCUGCAGCAUAAUCAGACUCGUGUCAGUGCUGCAGUGAUUUAAGGUGAGCGCUUGAGGUGAGCUGGGGGAGUCCAACUCUUUUUGUCUGUUUUUUGUGGCAUCUCAAAUGUAGGAACGGUGCCAGUUUCUGAAAUACUCAUACCAAACACCACAGCUUUAUUGUAGUUUUAGGAAGUGUUUAACUGUAAAAUACACACCUGGACAGGUAACAUUGAAAUAAACUCCAGUCUGU